UAAAACUGAGUAACUAAAUUCGACUAUAGGUAUCAGAUAGCACCUCUUUGCUGCUUCGUCUUAAAAUAGGCACUCAUUGCCUCCAUUACAUAGAGAUAGAGAAAGCAGGCAAGUUGAGAAGGCGUAAAGGUGGGAAUGAAGGGUCUCAAUCUAUGGUCGAACCCUAAUUCUUGCAUUUUACGCCGUUCAUCAUCUUCCAAACUUAACGCUGUCAAUCGUGUUUCUCGCCCGCCUUCCCCAGUUGUUCGGUUCCAUUGUUCUCUAAGUCAACGUUCUCUCAGGUGCGCGGUGCUUGGUGCUGGAUUCGCUGGGCUCUCCGUUGUUUGGCAUUUGUUGAAGCACAGUCCGAAGGAGUUGGACCUAAGAAUUGACAUAUAUGAUGAAGUGGGCAUCGGUGGUGGUGCCUCUGGGAUUUCUGGGGGUCUUCUUCACCCUUAUUCGCCAAAAGUAAACCUUCUCUGGGAGGGUGCUCAGUGUUGGAAAGAUAGCAUAAAGCUUUUGAAAGUAGCUGAAGAAGCUAGUGUUUCCAGGGACUGCAAAAUUGGACAAUCUGAUGAAAAUACGAAAGCUUUUGCUUAUCAGAAAAGGGGGAUCUUAAGACUGGCAACGAAUCUGAAGAAUAUGGCCAAAUUGAAUGCUAAUGUCAAAACUUCGCUUCCAAGCUGCAGAGUAGAUACCCUUAGUAAAGAAGCAGCUCAGGAGCUCGUACCUGGGUUAUGUGUACCAUUUGACACAGCUUUCUAUAUGCCUGAAGCACUUAAUAUCCAAUCUCAAAACUAUCUUCAGGCACUUUUCUGGUCAUGUGAGAAUUUGGUGACAGAAUCCUCUACUUUUGACUCUGGAAAGAAAUUGCUCCAGUUGCACAGACGACCUGUCAGUAGACUUUCCGAGUUUGAUGGAGAAUAUGACGCAGUCAUCAUCUGCUUAGGUGCCAAAGUGAACAUGCUUCCUGAGUUCUCUGGUAGGCUUCCUUUGAGGACAUGUAGAGGUGUUAUUGCGCACCUGGAAUUGCCCGGUGAUAUAAGCGAAGGUUAUCCUGAGCGUGGACCCUCGAUACUAUCAGAUGCAUGGAUUGCCGUUAAGAGUCCUCGUGAACUACAUGUCGGUUCAACGUGGGAGUGGAAAUCGAGCAACUCCUCACCCAGUGUUUCACCGGAUGAAGCAUCAAGUGCUCUUUCGGAGCUUCUGCCAAAGGCCUCUGUCAUUUAUCCCAGAAUAAUGAAUUGGGAUUUCACCGGAGCAAGAGCUGGUCUUAGGGCAAUGCCACCACUCACUUCCCUCGGGUCACUUCCACUUUUGGGUUGUAUCAAUGAUAUCAUGGAAGGAAAUCAAACUUGCAAGUAUUGGCUUUUUGGAGGGUUAGGUGCAAGGGGGUUGUUGUACCAUGGGUGGCUAGGUAAUUUGAUGGCACAUGCUGUGCUUUCCUCUGAUGAAGGACUAAUUCCUUUGGAGUUGACUUCUUGGAAGAACACCACCCAAUUUUCAGAUUUCAAUAAGCAAACAGAAUUCCACUAAACCCUAGUAGUGAUAACCUAGUAGGACAAAACUAGACAAUGUAUAUAUAGUCACUGGAGGAUAUAUUUUAGAGCCAUUUGAAGAAAAGUUUUAUGGGGUCUCAAUCUAAUUGAAUGGCUUCUCAUAUGAGCUUCUUAUUAAUAUUAUGAUUAUUUAUUAUUAA